CCAAGUAUCGUUUUUGCUGCCCCAAAACCUUAUUCUCCUCUCUCAAGCAAAAUUUCUAUCGCAAUGAGCAGAUCCGGGCAGCCUCCAGAUCUCAAAAAGUAUAUGGACAAGCAGCUCCAGAUCAAGCUGAAUGCCAAUCGCAUGGUCGUCGGUACGCUUUGUGGGUUUGAUCAGUUUAUGAAUCUAGUGGUUGACAACACGGUAGAGGUGAAUGGAAAUGAGAAAACUGAUAUAGGCAUGGUGGAGAGUCUCGUAUACCUUGCUCAAUGUUUAAAUUGCCAUUCAUGUGUAUGCUUUCAUCUUUAGCCUCAUUUUAUUAAUUGAUAUUAAUCUGCCGCAGGUUAUCAGAGGAAAUAGUGUCGUUACUGUUGAAGCACUAGAACCUGUAGGCAGAAUGCAGUGAUUUCCGGUUCUUCGAUUGGAAAUGCGGAAUUCACUUCGAUUGGAAAUGUGGAAUUCACUUGAUGGCCCGAAGUUGAACCCAAAUUUACAAGACCCAACAGCUAGCCCGAAGACCCGGUUUCAACCCAAAUUCGAAUCCAGCUUCCAUUGGCAUGCGUACACAUCACCGCUCAGUUCCACCAAGCCAAUGUUCCAGACGUCGUCGAACCACCGACGAGCCAACGUUCCAGUCUUUGCCGAGCCACCAUCGUCAUCAUCCACCUACAAACAAAUCCCACACAAAAAUCCAUUUAAACCACUGAAUAUUAAAACCCAUCAUCCAAAUCCCACUUAAAUACCAAAUCCAUUAAAAAACUAAACCCAAAUCACUAAACCUAAUCCACUAAACCUACCCACUAAACCUAAAAAACAUUUACCUACUCAACCACUACCACCACUAGAGGUCAUGAAGCAAUUGGAAAAUUAUAAAUGGGAGAAGCUCCAUUUGAACCGGGGGGAGAAAAAAAACAAAGGGGGUCGAGCAUUGGGUUUAUAGCAACUUUGUUCUUCAAUAUUUAGGGUAAAUCACGGUUUGAUCCAUGCCCUAUAAAUCACCGUGCUUUUCAUUUC